GAUCUGGCGAGCAUUCAGCAUGGUGCAUCGUUCCCUGUGCUGUGUCAUCGAUUCCACGCUCCAAACGUUCUAUCGGCGCCCGUAGUCAUUAUAAAAUUUUCCCGUUGUUGCGUGUAGGACAUUUUCAACAACAUAUGUAACUACUUUUCUGACAGAUAAUUUAACGUUCCUUCAGGUUUGUGAUACAAGUGAUCGUUUCUAAAGGCUUUCGAUACACUACUUAAUAUAUGAAAUGAAUAUAAUCCAUGGCGAAAAUAAGAAAAAUGUUUUGUAAUUUUCUAGUUGCCAUUUCGAGAGAGAAAUAUGAAAGAUAUGCGGAAUAGUAUUAGAAAAUUAAUAAGAGGAAAAGAUAGAUACAAAGAUUAGUCUCAAGCAAUCGCAGUACAAAGAGAAUGGUUGUACUCGUUGCAUCAUUCGGCAGUCAUAACCUGUGAGAGUGAGCGCUUCGGUGAAAACAAAAGGAGUAGAGGGCUUUUACCUUCCAUUCCCCUUCACAAUGGCCCUAGUGAUACCUUAAUGCCAGGUGACGUCACAAAUAGUCCGUGACAGCACGAAAACUUCAAUUACCGUAGUUUUUCAGCUAAAUAUUUUCGUGUGAUAACUUUGCAUUAAGAGGUGCUCAUGGAUUUGGUAACAAACGAGUGAAGGAAAUUUUAGAAAUAUGAAUUCACGAGAAAUAAGGAGCGAGAUUUCUGUAAUUCGUUGUUAAGUGAGAUCAGAACAACCGGAAGGAAGUGCAAAUAACACAAUCGCGUCGGUUAAACUCUCAGGUGAAAUUUCCGAACGUUAUUGUCUCUAAAUCCUCACAGAAGCUCCCAAGACAGAUUAUAUCAUGUCAUAACGGCAUUGUGGUGUAAAAAAGAAAGAAAAAAAACCCCGACUCCUUGAAGUUGAACGGGCCGAGAAGUAAUGGUGGCUAAAGAAUUAUUGUAGAAUUAUGGUUUGCUAAUUUUAAAGAGCCUAAAGGAAUAAAAAUGUCGAGGAAGCCAGGAUUUAUUUUGUGAAGAAAAUGGAUGAGGGGAAAAUGACGAGAUGAAAUCGCCGAAAAACAUGACCAAAUGAAACAAAGUACAUUUUUCUUCACUGAUGAAAUUUAGUUUGGAAACAAGAAAAGCAGUAUGCAUUAUUUUGAACUCAGAUUUUGAUACUUUGUCUUCAUUUUCCGAUCUGAUUAUUAUGUGUUAUGCAAAAGUAUAAAAGAAGAUUUGAGCCGUUUUGAUGAAAAAUACAUUUUAUUAUUUUAAUUCAUUUGUGAAAGAAACUUUCGUCCGAAAAUGAACGUCGCUGCAACGCCAAAGAACAAUUCUAUUUUUUAUGAUGACAUCUAACAAAAUAUAUAAGAGAUCUCUUUUUAGCUGUCAACAUUGUUUUGUGUUGUAAGGCGUCACAGAUUAUAAAGGAAACGAACAUAUUUGUCCUCGGGUUUGGCAGUUUGCUGAGGUCGGUAGCAGUGUGACAGAAGUUCCGGAUAAGGAAUAAAAAAGCGUUUAUGAUGAAAGCGUUUGGGUGAGGAGGAUUCCAGCAACGCACGCACCCAGUUCACCUUGGAAUUGCAAUUUAUGGGAAACGAAAAAAGAGAGAGAGAAAAAAAAAAUGAAAGCUAUGAGAAGAACCACGACGUCCGUUGCCGUAUUCUUACUUCAAUUGAAACGAAAAAUUCCAGGUCUGGUGCAGUGAAAGUAUGAUAUGGUGAGGCGUGCCUAUGGAAAAGGAACUGGAAACAUACACUGAAAAGUAAAUAGGGAGGAAAAAAUCGGGAAGAGGGGACAAGAAGAACAAAACCAGAAAGUAAAAAGAACAGGUAGAAAAAAAAAAAAAAAAAAAAAAAAAAAACAGAGGCGCCAGUCUGAGGCGCCAAAAAGACUACGCUUUCCAUUUGAGUUGAUUGAGCACAAGGCGCCAGAAUUUGUUGUGAGGGGAGAGGAGGAAGCUAUCCCAUUCUUCCCAUUUAGAUCUCUUGCCUUCCGGAAUCUAAUAUGAUACGGGAGGUUCAUAGCAAAAAAAAGUAAUAAAAAAAAAAGGAAAAGAAAAGAAAAGGCGACGUCGUAAAACAAAUAGCUUUUAGGGUAUUAUACUUAAAUGGAAUAUUCCUAUGCUGAUUGUCGGCAAUCGCUCUGUAAAGGAAAAGGAUUAUUGUAUACAAUUAUUUCGUUCAAAUGUCAAAUACUAUUACUUACUUGGAACGUUUGGGAAACAUGACUGCUCAGCAUGGAUGGAAACGAACUUACUUUUUGUGCCGCCUUCUGUUGUGCCUGUUGCUCUUGUCUACGAAGACAUCGUCCCAAACGACCUCUUCCUCCUCCUCCUCCUCCUCCUCCUCACCCACCGCAAUUGCUGCAGGUCUCAGCGGGUCGUCGUUUUCUUCUUUAUCCUUCUCAGAUUAUCUGAGCAAUCUUCCAUCGCCCGCCGACGACUCUUCCAAAAGCCCUCCUGCCUGCUUCUGCCUCUGGACCUCGGCAAACGUCCUGGAAUGUCAAGUGCGAAUCUUGGAUGAUGACUUGGGCAUCCAGAUAUCAAGUGGCCAGUGGGAAGACUUGGAAACUUCAAGUUACCCCAGGUCGUGGCAAAGAAGGACCGAUUCCAGGAGAUUACGGUCGCUGAUGGUGGAAUGCAGCCAGGUGCUCUAUUACCAAAGCAGGAUCACUUCAUCCACAUUUCAGGGUCUGGAGGAACUGGAGGAGUUGGCCAUAAGACGAUGUAAACUCGACAGUCUUCCACCUGGAAGUCUUUCUGUCCUUAGCCGUCUCCGAGAGCUGGAAAUUACAACCCACAAUGGUGACUGGGCUGCUCUUGCCAUGGAUGUCGUCGAAGGUUCGCUGCCUCCGCAUUUAGAGAGAGUGUCCCUCGCUCACAACAAUAUUUGGAUUUUGCCUCCAAUGGCCCUGUGUGGAAGGAGUCUUAGUCACCUGGAUCUAGCCAGCAAUCACCUGCAUGAUAUUCAUGUUCUUGGGUACGCGGGGCAAGUUCAUCCUUUUGUUUCUUCACUGAAUAUUUCCAAUACCAGCUUUCACUUGCAGGAAGUGUAUGUGACUGAUGACUCGAGAGAGUAUUUGGAAAAUGACUGUGGCCAGGCAUUGCAAGAGUUAAUCCUGGAUUUUAAUGAUUUGGUGAGGCUUCCCAAAGGUGGCUUCCGGGUCUUGACUGGCCUUCGUGAGCUUCACAUGCGCAACAACGACAUCAGACUUAUAUCAAGUGAAGCCUUUGAAGGUCUUAAAGCCUUACAAAAACUUUAUUUAUCCAAUAAUCAUAUCAUUUCUUUACAGAAUGGAACAUUUCAUGAUAAUUCACAGUUGGAGGGUUUAUAUUUAAACAACAACUCUUUGAGUUCACUUAGUUCAGGUGUUUUCCUGGGCUUAAAAGAGUUACAAGUACUUGAUAUAUCUAGAAAUCAAUUGUGUUUUGAUGAUGAUGAAGAAGAUCUAUUCAAAAAUCUCCACAGAUUAGUAAUCCUGAAUCUAUCUCGCAACUAUUUCUCUAAAAUUCCAUCCCAUUUACUCAGUGAUCUUACUUCUCUCCAGCAACUAGACCUGUCUCAUAACUCGCUUUCUAAUCUUAACACUGAAAGCCUCAAUUUCCUCUCUAACUUAUAUUCUCUAGACUUAUCCAGCAAUCACAUACAUUCUAUUAUGGAAAUUAGUUUCAGAGGACUUGUCGGGUUAAGUAUCCUUGACCUUACCAAUAACUCUAUAGCAAAUAUACAUCCAAAUGCUCUGCAUCAUAGCUCAAAUUUAAAAGAAGUCUAUCUAGGUGUUAACCAAUUGCAGUCUAUCCCCAGUGCCCUUCAAAAUCUGUCCUUUUUAAAGACCAUGGUCAUUGCCAAUAAUGAAAUAGUUAGCAUUCAGCCUUUUUUAUUUCGCAACCUCAGGAAUUUAGAACACCUUGACAUUAGUGUUAACAAACUUAAUGGCCUAUCGGAAGGAUCAUUUAAUGGUCUUUCAAAUUUACAAAUACUAAAUCUUAGUAAUAAUUAUAUAAGGACACUGAGUGUUGGAUCAUUCAAUGGUAUCCCUAAUAUUAAAACAAUAAUAAUUUCCAAAAAUGAGCUGAAUGACAUAAAUGGUAUUUUUGCUGGACUUGAACAUCUAGAGGUGUUAGAUUUGUCAGAAAAUAACAUCAAGAUGUUUGAUUAUGCUUUUAUUCCAAGGCUGCUUAUUAAACUUAUACUAAAAAGAAAUAGAAUACAAAAGCUAGGAAACUUCUUCAAAGUGCAUGGCAUACUAACACUGGAGGUCAUUGAUGCAAGUCACAAUACAAUACAGAAAUUAACAGAAGUGUCACUUCCAAAUACAAUAAAGGAAGUUAUUCUGCAUGAUAAUGAGAUCAGUGUCAUUCUUCCUAAUACUUUCCGUGAUAAAAGUGCUCUUCAGGUAUUAGAUAUAAGAAUGAAUUCACUGAGAAAGCUAGAUCCUCAAUCAGUUAGUGUUAGAGCCAUGGCUGGAAGCCAGGUACAGGCUCAGCUAUCACUCUCAGGAAACCCAUUACAUUGUGAUUGUGAGAUGGAAUGGCUUUUUGGAUCCUCUGGCAUUCCUCAGACAACACCAGGAGGAACAGAAGUACAAUUUUUGCAGCCUCGUGUUAAUGACUUAGCUCUGGUCACUUGCACUUUAGCUCACUCACAUAAAGGUUCCACACUUUUAACUCGAGUUCUGGAGACCACACCUGAAAAUUAUCUGUGUCCUUAUGAUGCGCAUUGUUUUGCUAUUUGUCAUUGCUGUGAUUUCAUUGCAUGUGAUUGCCAGAUGAAAUGUCCAACUGAAUGUUCAUGUUUUCAUGAUGAUACUUGGUCUAUAAAUCUGGUUGACUGUUCUGGAGGAAAUCUGAAUCAAUUACCAGACAAGGUACCUAUGGAUGCAACAAUAGUUCUUUUAGAUGGAAACAAUUUUGAAGUUCUGCACGCACAUCCAUUCAUAGGUCGGCACAGCAUAGAACAGUUAUUUCUUAAUAACUCUCAAAUAAAAACCCUUCACAACCGCACAUUUCAUGGCCUAGCAUCUUUAAGGUCUCUACAUCUACAGGACAAUAUGAUUGUACAUCUAAAAGGCUUUGAAUUUUCUGGUCUUGGACAACUCAAGGAACUCUAUCUUCAAAAUAAUCGUCUCUCUUUUAUCAAUAAUGCUACUUUUGUAGACCUUGAAAGCUUAGAGAUUUUAAGAUUGGAUAAUAAUUUUAUAAUUGAUUUUCCUGUUUGGCAGCUAAGCAAAAAUGUUUAUUUAACUCAAGUGUCAAUUGCCAAUAAUCCCUGGAACUGUGAUUGUCGGUUUGUCGAAUCUCUGAGGGAAUGGGAAAGCCAAACGUCAAAUUUAUUAUUGGAUCCUGAAAGUAUUUUUUGUGUUCAUAGUAGUUCAGGUGUUGUUGGAGCUGGAAUAUUUCUUCCCGGUUUCUCAUGCACCAAGUCUCGGCAUGGCGUCAUAAGGUAUCAGUUUGGUCAACAAGAGCUGCCUUUUCUCGCAGGUAGUUUAUGUGGUGGUAUUGCUUUUAUUAGUGCAUUAGUCGUUGCAGCAAUGCUAAUUGCUAGGCGUAGUGCAACAAGAAAAUUUGGAAUGAAUGACUCUCAGAAUUACUGCCAAGAAGAAGAUGGUAAAAUCUUUGAUGCUUAUAUAAGUUAUAGUGCUAACGAUGCAAAUUUUGUAAGAGAUAUUCUAGCUACCAAACUUGAAAACAGCUGUCCUAGCUACAAGCUCUGCUUGCACUCAAGAGAUUUUACUGAGAAUAGCAGAUUGUCAGAGUUUAUUUCACAAUCAAUAAGCUUCAGCAGAAGAACGAUAAUAAUUCUUUCCAAAAAUUAUCUCGAUAAUGAAUGGAAGAAUGCCAUAUUUAAGAAAGCCCACAUAGAUAAAUUGAAGGAGAUAGACAUGGACAUUAUCGCUGUUUAUCACGAUGGGGUGUCAUAUUCCACUUUUGACGCAGAUUUAAAGUCUGUCCUUAAAAGCAGUACAAAGAUUUACUGGGGAGAUAAACAUUUUUGGAAAAAAUUAAAGAAUUCAUUGCCACAAAAACAGACAUACACAAACAUACCGGUGUACAUGUCCAAUAAUGCAUAUAAAUCUGCAAUGCCUUCUUCCAUAACAGAGCCUGGAUUCAUAAUGCCCUCCUCCUCUUCCGUCCUUACCAGUACCUCAGGUCUUACAACUCCCUCAGAUAUGAGCCGGAAACCUAGUUAUCAGCAGGAAAAUAUAGAAACGUACAAUUCCCCACCACCACCAAGGCCUUGUUAUGCCUCUCCAUUGCCUUGUGACUACAUUAUGAUGCAAGGACAAGAGUGCAAUGACCCACAAUGUCUUUGUCAUAAUCACUCAAGCAAUGCAUGUGCUUUCACAAAUGGAGACAGUUCUUCCCUCCAUACGUAUUCUUCCCUUGAUGCAUUUACUGACAAAUUACCCCACCCCUCCUCUUUGGAGAAUUUCUCAUCACGAGCGACAUCCCCAACAAGUAAUCAUUACAGUGUCAUUGACGUGCCUGUAAGAAGAACCGUCCGAGCAAGUAAGAAGAAGAAAAAGAAGCCUCAGUGUCAGAAUGAUCCUCCAGCUGCAUCAGAGGACCUGGAAGAUUCUACUCAAGACCAGAACCUGAGUGACACUUUUAGAAGGACCAAAAGUCUUCGUAUAUCUAAGCACAUUAAAGAUCGUAGUCAUCUUUGCUCUGUAGUAGAUACUCGAAGGGAUUAUUCCUGUGAGGGUUAUGCAGAUCCGAAAGUUACCUCAAAAAACACAAACGGCAUUAUGGAUACGAAUGAUCUGUACGUAGGUCUUGCUGAUUCACCUCCUGAACCUACGACACUAAGUGAAGAGUGCUUCGUCUAGUCCAAAAGUUGUGAUGUAUUGACAGGAGCAUUUUCAUGGUUAACUUCUUUGAGUGUCUAUAUAUAUAUGGGAGGGAGGGAGGGAGAGAGUCUUGUCUUAUGGAGCGAUAUUGUUUUCGUAAUAAACUAAACAAGGGACGAAAACGUUCAUUAUUACCUUGAUGUUCCAUGAUGACAACGCCUUUGGUCAUCUACCGUUGUUUGAGAAUGGAAAUUGACCAUAUUUAUCGUCCUUUGUUGUUUAACAAAUCGUGUCAAGAAAUGUGACUCGUGUCUCGCAUUCAUGACUCCCGAAUAGAAAGAAACUGAGUAAGAACACACGAAGAAAUCAAUUGAAUCUCAGCAUUGCGGUCGAGCGCUUCUCUUCUCUUCUUUUUUUCUCGACUCUUUACCGUGUUCUGAGAGGCAACGCGUAUUUUACACUUCAUUUUUGUUUCAUUCUGUUCUACUAUUAACCUUCUUAAUAAAUUCGUACUCCAUUUUAAUUUACAGACGGUGUAGUAUAAACAUCAAUUUAUAUCUAUAAAUUUUUCACGUAUGCUCUACUUUUUGUCUGUGCAUUAUUAAUUCUAUAUUCUGUGUGCUUAUUGAAUACGGGGCUUAGAGGCACUUUUCAGUGAUAAUAUACCCAAAUAUCCCCGAUGGUUAAAGCCACUUUCGGACGUUGCGAAUCUGUGGCUGACGCAGAAGUCUUGUCAUUUCGAAUUCCCUUUGGCUGUCAUUCAUUUCUAAGGUAAUGAGAAAGAAUUCGAUAUCAAACGAUAUUUAGGGCUUGAUAUUUGUAAAUAUAAAAAAGUGACAUGUGAAUUAGUUAUAUAUGAAACACGAGUCAAUGCGAUCUUAAUGACAUACACGUACACGCGCGCACACACACACACAGACACAGACAGACAGA